AUAAUUAGGCUAUGCCAUAACGGCGCUCCGUAGAGUUGAACAAAAUAUAGAACGCCAUGAUGAGCUCACUUUUGAACAAAGUCGUUAUUGUAACAGGUGCGAGUUCUGGAAUAGGUGCCUCUACUGCUCUUGAAUUUGCUAAAAAUGGCGCCAAGUUGGUUCUAGCUGCAAGAAACGUUGAGAGAUUAAACGAAGUGGCAAGUCAGUGUUCAUCAAAAGGUCUACAACAGGAAAAAAUAUUGGUCAAAGGUUGUGACAUCACCAUUCAAGACAAUUUGAAGAGUUUAGUUGCUUCGACUUUGGAGAAGUUCGGACAGAUCGACGUACUGGUCAACAAUGCAGGGAGCGGACAGUACGUUGAUUACAUGGAUACAUCACCGGAAGUAUUUGAUAACAUUUUCAACAUCAAUACCCGCGCGCCAUUUUUACUCACUCAGAUGUGUACUCCUCAUUUAAAGAAAACGCAAGGUUGUGUUGUCAAUGUUUCCAGUAUAUCAGGUCAAAGAUCGUUUCCAAGAGCGCUGACCUACUGCAUGAGUAAAGCAGCACUGGACCAUUUCACCAGAACUCUUGCAAUAGAGCUUGCGAAAGAUAAGGUCAGGGUCAACUCUGUAAAUCCUGGGGUUGUCAUUACUGAGUUUCAGACCCGGGCAGGGAUGAAGGAAGAACCUUAUAAACAGUAUUUAGACAAACAAACGGAACUACAGCCAUUAACCGGUGCCAUUGAACCCGAGGAGGUUGCCAAGGUGAUACUUUUCCUGGCCUCUGACCAAUCAUCUUCAAUCACGGGAGAACUACUUUUUGUAGAUGGAGGGCGCCAUGCAAAAGCGCCUGCGUAAACAGAUUGUGAUGUGAUUCUGUGCACUGUGUACAGAAAUACAGCUUUUUUUUUUUUUUUAACAAAUACCUGUAUAGUCAGAUCCGAUUUCUUUCAGAGUUUGCCUUUUCUACACUUAUUUACCGGUAAAUUGUUUUUUUUCAACAUUUUGAAAUGAAAUUUGUCUAGCGACCAUUUAAACUGGAAAUUUAAGCCAAGAUAACUAAUUGAUGAAAAAGUAUUUAUAGUCUAUAGUUAUUGACAAGUUAAUCGUUAUCAUUUUGAUAAUUGCGUAACUGCGUUUAUGUUUAUGUGUAUUCCAGUGUUGUAAGUGAAACCAGUGAAUAAAUUGUUAAAUUUGU